GGCAAGGAUGAAAGCCCCCGCUUGGAGCCUCUUGCGAUUCACUUCACUUCGCUUCACUUCACACACUGUUAUGUCGAUCACCUCGAUGAUCCAUUUCUUUUCCAGUGUCUUUCUACGAAGAUCUCGUUCUUUAUGGCGAUGCUAAGUACGGAAAAGUCAAAAAUGUCCAAAAAUUUCAGGGGUCGCGCAUGUCGCCCCUCCCGUUUGACGGGAAUUGCCGGCGCCCCACCUCAUGCAUGAGCAAAAUAGCCGAAAGGCCCCGCUUUGAG